GACCAUUCUAUUAUUCCCCGCAGUGGACUUCAUUGAAUAUUCUGUUGUUAGCUGGAGGUCAAAACUUCAACCGAGCGACACAAAUCAGCUCCAUUGACAUCAACCUUGCAGUGGUGGAGCGAAACCUAUCUGUCCCUUUAAAAGUAUGCCGUUUUAGCGGUGGGAUUAUCUGGACUCAGUGGACAAGUCCGUGGAGGCAGAAGGGAAGAGAGAGGGAGGGAGACUAGGGAGAAGGGGGGGAAAGUCGAGUAGGAAAGGAGGAAUCAUGGCGGCACCGCUUGGACGGGACACCCUACCCGACCACUGGUCUUACGGAGUUUGUAGGGAUGGCCGCGUGUUUUUUAUAAACGACAAAACUCGCGGCACUACUUGGCUUCACCCGCGCACUCGCGAGCCUGUUAAUUCCGGACACAUGAUACGUUCAGAUUUACCAAGAGGAUGGGAAGAGGGCUUCACGGACGAGGGAGCAAGCUACUUCAUCAACCACAACCUGAGGUGUACAUCAUUCCGACACCCUAUUACCGGGCAGAUUUCACAGGAAAACACAGAAUACAUGCUUGAGGACAAGUUUGAGUCCUCUAUGUCUAAUCAUAGAUCUCCAGGUAUGGUCACAGAGUCCACCAAGACUGUGACCACAGCAGCAAUGGAGGCGUCCUUGGGGUCAAAGGGAUCCAGAGGUUCAAGCAAAUGUCAUAGUUUUGGCAAGAGGGAUCAAGCUAUUAAACGGAACCUCAACAUCCCCGUUGUAGUGAGGGGUUGGCUGUAUAAACAGGACAGUUCUGGAAUGCGACUGUGGAAAAGAAAGUGGUUUGUUUUGUCCGACUUCUGCUUGUUUUACUACAAAGACAGCCGUGAAGAGACGGUCCUCGGGAGCAUUCCUCUGCCCAGUUACGUCAUCUCACAAGUUGCACCUGAGGACCACAUUAACCGCAAAUAUGCUUUCAAGGCGAGCCAUACAGGAAUGCGCUCCUACAUUUACAAUAAGAACUCUGUAAUUGGCUCACAGGCAGAACACAGCGGGAUGCGGACAUAUUUCUUCAGUGCGGACACACAGGAGGACAUGAAUGGCUGGAUCCGGGCCAUGAACCAAGCGGCGCUGAUGCAGCACACUCAUGCCUUUAAGAGAGAGAUGGAAAGACCAGAUGAGAACCCACAUCCGACACCUCCACAGACCAAUCAUGUCAACCACAACAUUUCUCAGACUGAAGCUUUUCUCAGGAUAGACAGGGAACACCUGCGUGAUGAUGGUAGCCGACUGGCUCCCGGAGAUGAGGGGAGGUACGUGCUGGAGGUCCAAGGAAGGUCUAGGCUCUCUCCGAACUCGGUCGACGUUGCCGCUCAAAGGAAUGGCCAUCACAGUACACCGCAAGGGCAAACUCCUUUGGAAAAGAACGGGAAUCUGGUGUACCAGAGGGGGUGUGACACAGAAAAACAUUCACAGAGGAAGAAUACGCUGGCCCAGGUGGAGCACUGGGUCAAAGUUCAGAAAGGUGAUCCGCCAAAGAGUGCUCCCUCUGCAGAAUACAACCUCCCACGACGAACUCCUCCCUUGAAGGUGAAAGUCAGCACAGCAGAUGCCUCCUGCCAGUCAUUACCAAAGUCUCCUCACCUCCCAUCUGGCAGCAACUCUCCCUCCGCCACCUGUAACCUGCCCAGCGACUACAAAUACGCCCACGACCGACUGAGCCACUUCCGCAUGUCCACAGACGAGCGCAUGGCCACCAAGGAGGGAAUGGUGUGGCAGCUGUACGAGUGGCAGCAAAGGCAGCAGUUCCGACAUGGCAGCCCGACAGCGCCCGUGCACACAGGGCCCAAAUUCACUGACUCCUCAUCUUUCACCGUCACCGUGGAGAUGCCUCGCUCCAUCUCUGUGCCGCCGUCUCCCUGUGAGGUCCCACCAUCAGUCUCCCCAUCUUUUAAACCAUUGUCCCCCCGCAGGCCACACACCCCAUCAGGCAGGCGGACAGUCAUGCCUCUGGAUGAUUUAUCAAGUGUGGACAACACAGGAGCAUCCUCGCCCGGACGCAUCUGUACUCGCCUUUCUCAGACCUCCCAGAUAGAGAGAAGGUCCAUGCCAUCUAUGGGAUACAUCACACACACUGUCAGUGCACCCAGCCUGCAUGGCAAAACGCCAGAGGAGCUGACCCUGCUCCUCAUUCAGCUCCGGAGGCACCAGGCCAAGAUGGCUGGUGUGCAAAGUCCCAGUGAUGUGUUCGCUCAUCUGCGGCAUCAGCAGCACAACGGCCUCCUAGGCCCCAGCAUGCAGGCUGAUGAUACUUACAUACAACUGAAGAAGGACCUGGAGUAUCUAGAUCUGAAGAUCCAAAGUAAUGAGCCGCUGAUUGUUUCAGUUCACAGCGGGUUUGAAAACUCUUCUCCAGGUUUUGGAUUCUGUUGCAAUGUUACAGGACGGGAGAGCCACAGGAAAGAAGCACUGAGGCCUGUGAAGAUAGCCGAAAGUGAUGCUGAUGUGAAAUUAAGCCGACUGUGUGAACAAGACAAGAUCCUUCAGGAGCUAGAAGCCAAGAUACGCACUUUGAAGGAAGAUAAGGACAAGCUGGAGUCAGUACUGGAUGUGUCCCACCAGCAGAUGGAACAGUACAGAGAUCAGCCAGCCCAUAUGGAGAAAAUUGCCUACCAGCAAAAACUACUGCAGGAGGAUGUGGUGCACAUCAGGGCGGAAAUAUCCCAAGUGUCCACAGAGAUGGAGAAUGCAUGGAAUGAGUACAUUAGGCUGGAGAAAGAUGUGGACUGGCUUAAAUCAGCCCUACAAGGACAGAUGACCCGCACUGACCUUUCUCAGCAAGAGAAAGUCCAGAUGAGAAAAGAACUUUGGAGGGUUGAGGACGUCAUUGCAGGUCUCAGCAGCAGUAAAGCCAACUACAAAGUCACUAUCUCCUCUGUGACCAACCCAGAGAGGAAAUUCGUGCCUUCAGUGUCGGCGUCGUCAGUGCCUUCAGGGACUGGAAGUCCGUCUGCUAUGGAGAUGAGAUUGUCCCAGCAGCAGCACAGCCCCCACCUCAGUCCCAAUAGCCACAAUGCUACAACACCUAUGCUAUCCCCCAGUCAUCAGCCCUCACCCCACAACUCAAGCAGCACUACUGGACCUAAACGUCCUGAGGAAGACGUGCCUCCAAGACCACCUUUACCUCAAGUCUACAGUCCCGAUGAGCACCCUCCUGCUGUGCCCCCGCUACCCAGGGAGACCACAGUCAUCAGACACACCUCAGUGCGCGGCCUCAAGCGACAGUCUGAUGAACGGAAGCGGGACAGAGAGAUAGGCCAGUAUACCAAUGGAGACGUUAAGAUGGAGCUCAGGCCUUUCCUCAGUGACCCUGAGCUUGUGGGUGUGGGAGAUGGCUUCAGCGUCAGCAGUGUGACAGCAUCAGGACACCAUGGAGGUUAUCAGACAUUGCCUAGCAGAGGAGUAGCUGCCUCUUCCCUCAGACUGAAUCAGUCCUCCAGCAUCUCAUCAUACGUGACCCUAAGAAGAGCAACUUCAGCUCCUGCUGUCAAGGAGAGACCAAAAAGUGCCUUGGAGCGUCUCUACUCUGGGGAGGCGGUGCCUCAGCGUGGGAGGAUGAGCGCUGACGAGCAGCUAGAGAGGAUGAAGAGGCACCAGAAGGCUCUGCUGCGACAACGCAAACGCACCUUAAGCCACGGAGACCGCCACGCCUCCCCAUCCUCACGCUCCUCCUCCUCGGCCUCCUCACGCCCUCUCUCGGCGGACUUUGGUUCUUGGAGGAGAGAGCAGGAGUUUGACCUGCAGCUGUUGGAGAGAGCCGUGCAAGGGGAGGAGGCUCAGGGAGUGAGAAGCGUCCAGGGGGAGGAGAGGCCCCCCGAGCACAAAGAGAGACCCCGAUCGCAUUCUGACGAAUGGCUGACCUUCCGCUCGGUGACCGUGACGCCCCCAGCAACAAGCGACGCUGAACUGGAACCAUUAGACUAUGACAAGGACUUAAUUAAAGAGCUGUCUAAGCCUCAGAAGGUCAUGAUUCCGGAGCGAUAUAUGGAUUUGGAACCAGAGCAGCCCCUGAGUCCUGAGGAGAUGGAGGACCGUCAUCGAAAGGUGGAACGGAUCAAGAACAUCUUGGCAAAGUCCAGUAUUCAAAACCUGGCCCCACCACUGUCUGCAGACAAGUCGGAGGUGAGCUUGCUGUCGCUUGAUUCUGUUCUACAGGAACAGGAAAGGAUCAUCACCAUGUCCUACAUGCUGGCCUCAGAGGCCUCCCUCAAAAGCAAGCGUGUCGCAGUUCCAUCACAGGCUAACAGCCCUGUCCCAUCUCCUCCUGAUCCUCUUCCUCCUCCACCACCUCCUCCUCCUCUACCUCCUGUAUCUCUGGCACCUUCCUCUUCCCCAAUAAGCAAUGGGAUUCACUACACAUUUGUCUAAUCCAAGAUGAAAACUCAAGCAAUUUCUGGACAUUGAGAUGCUUGACAACAAUGCAAAGAAACAUCGGGAUUGUACAAGAGAUUUUAUUUUAUCAUGGAUCCAUUUCUAUACAGCAGUAGAAGAAUGUAGUAAAUAUUUAACCUGCUUGUGCAACAGCAACAACUUUUUGAAGGGAUGCGUUGCUUCUGAAAGAAAACAGACUGCCGCACUAAACUAUGGAACUAAUCAGAAAGUUAUUUUCUAUAUAUAUAUAUCUGAUAUUGCACUUUGAGCUGUACACUGUAAAAAAUGGCAAGAAUUGAGAUAUUUUUUACAGUAUGACUGAACUGCUUUGUGAUUUUAUGGAGAACAUUUCUCUUAUUUGUUGUUUUUCCAUGAACAAACUGGAUAUAUCAUAUAACAUUUUUUUCAACCAAUAUGAUUUGUUUUUACACCAAACCACUUGAAAUAUCAUAUAUUGGGUAGCACUACAAGUCUCCUGUUUGCUUCCAUCCAGACUGAAUAACACUGAAUGAUGAUUUCUGCACA